AUGAGUUGCACGAGUGCACACGCUUUCGACGUUAGGAGACAGUGCCUUGAAAUUAUCUCAGACAUAACAAAUAAACAGGAAGACUCGUCGGUAGACGAUAUAAACCUGGCAAGGAAAUGGCUUCUCUACUAUAGAGAGGUACCAACAAGACUUCAGGGAAAACUACCGCGGUAGGCCAAGCUAUCUAUCGGUAGGAUCGUUGGAAAUAGCGUCGAUCUUAAUUUUUAAGAUCCCAAAAAUGAACUGAAGGUUCAAAACUGUUAUUCUUGGCAGGUGUGGGUUGUCAGCUGUUAGCAUGGCAGCGGAAUUGAUAAAUUUAAAGAGAAUAGUGGGUGAUGACAAUGCUGUAUCAUCUGCACAGAAACCGUACGAGGAGGAAUUGAACAACUUACUGACAUUGGCAAAAUCCAGAGGUUUUUCUAAUCAAGGAGAAAUGUAUUCGGCAGAAAAUCUUGCUCAUCUUGCUGAGGAGUUUUAUGGUGUGAAAUGCUCAGUCAUAAGUAAUGCAUUCGAGGAUCAACACUCCACUGUCUCUCAAUUACUUAAGGGAUCAGCUGUGCUUGUCCCGUAUGAUGCUGAUAAGAACAAUAAACCCUGUUUGGAGAAUGGCCACCGAGCCCAUUGGGCUUUGCUCACAGGUUGGUUUUGAUUCUGAAUUUAUGUUCAUUAAAUCAGUGACACAACAAGAUUACUACAACGUAAGCCUCAGUAGAAAACUAAUAUUUUCUUGUAUUUUACACAGUACACUAGGCUUGAUAAGCAAGACUUUUUUUAAACCCCUAAUUCAUUUUCCACCUUGACCAAGAAUGUAUAACAUUCAGAAGAAAUACUUUGAAUAUAGUUUUGGUAUAGUAACUAACUUACUGACUUCUACAAUUCCAAAACUUUUCCAAUCUUGUUUCCUUUGUUUGAUGAUGUUGUUUCUUGAACAGAAAAUUGCAAGCAAUUAGUACCUGCAGUAGCAGAGAUUUUGCAGGCCAGAAAAAAAUUAAUAAUUGCCAUUUGGCACUAUGGAACUCCUGCUGGUGUUAAGGGGGAAAUUUUAAAAAACUUUUGCAAGUGAUGAGCUUUGUAGCAUUGAAAUAUGUUAUGCCCAUUUAUUUUAUCACUUUCUGUGCAAGGGCAACCUUAAAAUUUGUGACUUCAUAGUUAUUCAAUAAACUUAAGAUAGAAUGGCACUCACAUUGGGCAUUUAUAUUUUUCCUCUCAAAGGUGUCUUGUGUGAACUGUGCGACAACAGCAUCGACUGGACAUUGUUUGAGCAAGAUGUUGAUGUUCCCAUGUUAUUCUGUGUAAGUCCAUUACAAUCAUUUGCCUUACCCCCUAAUUGUAAACUGGGACAUGUUUACUUUUGUGUCAAGCAUGGUAAAUCAAAGCACACAGCUGUUUGGACCCUUGAGAGUUUAAAGAGUAGUAAUGCAAAUCUUUUGGAACUAGAUCCGAAACGAAGACUAGCUGGGAAUUGCAUUGUUCCCAGAGACGACCUAAGGGUUGGACUGUGUCAGAAAAUUGUACUUAUGUCUGGAAAAAGUUAG